UAUCUCUUCGUCUCUCUCAAUCUUCCUCCACCUGCCAAGUGCCAAAUUCACUGUUCACUGUACCCUACUAGUCUAGUACAUUCUGCAACUCCCAACUAAAUUCCAACGCAAAACGUCGGAGAUUGAGCGACCAAUACCAUGGCUGCCACACUCUCUACCUUCAAACUCCCCACACUACCACCUCUCCGCGCGCAAUCCAAGCACCACAUUCCGCCCACUCAAAUUACAGUUACACCACCAAAAUCUAACCCAAUUUUAAGACUAACCCACAUCAAAGAACAACUCUUUCACUCUCUAAAAUCUUCCCCUCUUUCUCUUUCCACUAUUGCAUUGCCCUUUAUAUUAGAUACCCAGGAUGCAUUGGCUGUUGAGGGUAAAUUUGGGUUGUUUGAGGGAAGAACUUUUGCAUUGAUACACCCAGCUGUGAUGGGUGGGCUUUUUUUGUAUACAUUAUGGGCUGGUUAUCUUGGAUGGCAAUGGCGUCGGAUUAGGACUAUUCAGAAUGAGAUUAGUGAGCUUAAACAGCAAGUUAAGCCUGUUGCUGUUACUCCUGAUGGUACACCUUCUGCUCCUCCUUCCCCUGUUGAAACCAAAAUUCAGGAGCUUACUGAGGAGAGAAAACAAUUGUUGAAAGGGAACUUUAGGGACCGACACUUUAAUGCUGGUUCACUAUUGCUGGGAUUUGGUGUUUUUGAGGCAGUUGGUGGAGGAGUCAACACAUGGAUGAGAACAGGAAAGCUAUUUCCAGGGCCUCAUUUAUUUGCUGGUGCAGGCAUUACAGUGCUGUGGGCAGCAGCUGCAGCUCUUGUACCCGCAAUGCAGAAAGGAAACGAAACAGCUAGAAGUCUUCACAUUGCGCUGAAUGCUGUAAACGUUAUUCUGUUCGUAUGGCAAAUCCCCACUGGAAUUGAUAUAGUCUUCAAAGUGUUUGAAUUCACUAACUGGCCCUGAAUCGUGUCUUAUUCAGGUGUGAUAUUCCUCACACAUUUUCUGCAUCAAUUUUUUAAGAUAACUUGUAUAAACAACUAAGUCAAUUUUGUUUUACCUUUUCUAUUCCAUGUCCCUGUAUUGUGAUUUGUGAAUAUCUUUCUACUUGCAAAUAAUAAUAAUGUCAGUGAUGAUAAUUGCUGUAAAA